GCAGGCGGUGCUCGGCUCGGCUGACGUCGGCCCGCCGGCGCCCCACCAGCUCCGCGCGGGCCCGGGUUGGCCACCGUCGGGCCCCCGCCCCUCCCCCGGCGGUGUCCCGGCCGGAACCGAUCGUGGCUGGUUUGAGCUGGUGCGUCUCCAUGGCGACCCGCCGGUGCUAUAAGUAGGAAGCGGCGCGCCGUGGGGCUUUGUCAGUCCCUCCUGUAGCCGCCGCCGCCGCCGCCCGCCGCCCCUCUGCCAGCAGCUCCGGCGCCACCUCGGGCCGGCGUCUCCGGCGGGCGGGAGCCAGGCGCUGACGGGCGCGGCGGGGGCGGCCGAGCGCUCCUGCGGCUGCGACUCAGGCUCCGGCGUCUGCGCUUCCCCAUGGGGCUGGCCUGCGGCGCCUGGGCGCUCUGAGAUUGUCACUGCUGUUCCAAGGGCACACGCAGAGGGAUUUGGAAUUCCUGGAGAGUUGCCUUUGUGAGAAGCUGGAAAUAUUUCUUUCAAUUCCAUCUCUUAGUUUUCCAUAGGAACAUCAAGAAAUCAUGAACAACUUUGGUAAUGAAGAGUUUGACUGCCACUUCCUCGAUGAAGGUUUUACUGCCAAGGACAUUCUGGACCAGAAAAUUCAUGAAGUUUCUUCUUCUGAUGAUAAGGAUGCCUUCUAUGUGGCAGACCUGGGAGACAUUCUAAAGAAACAUCUGAGGUGGUUAAAAGCUCUCCCUCGUGUCACCCCCUUUUAUGCAGUCAAAUGUAAUGAUAGCAAAGCCAUCGUGAAGACCCUUGCUGCUAUCGGGACAGGAUUUGACUGUGCUAGCAAGACUGAAAUACAGUUGGUGCAGAGUCUGGGGGUGCCUCCAGAGAGGAUUAUCUAUGCAAAUCCUUGUAAACAAGUAUCUCAAAUUAAGUAUGCUGCUAAUAAUGGAGUCCAGAUGAUGACUUUUGAUAGUGAAGUUGAGUUGAUGAAAGUUGCCAGAGCACAUCCCAAAGCAAAGUUGGUUUUGCGGAUUGCCACUGAUGAUUCCAAAGCAGUCUGUCGUCUCAGUGUGAAAUUCGGUGCCACGCUCAGAACCAGCAGGCUCCUUUUGGAACGGGCGAAAGAGCUAAAUAUCGAUGUUGUUGGUGUCAGCUUCCAUGUAGGAAGCGGCUGUACCGAUCCUGAGACCUUCGUGCAGGCAAUCUCUGAUGCCCGCUGUGUUUUUGACAUGGGGGCUGAGGUUGGUUUCAGCAUGUAUCUGCUUGAUAUUGGCGGUGGCUUUCCUGGAUCUGAGGAUGUGAAACUUAAAUUUGAAGAGAUCACCGGUGUAAUCAACCCAGCGUUGGACAAAUACUUUCCGUCAGACUCUGGAGUGAGAAUCAUAGCUGAGCCUGGCAGAUACUAUGUUGCAUCAGCUUUCACGCUUGCAGUUAAUAUCAUUGCCAAGAAAAUUGUAUUAAAGGAACAGACGGGCUCUGAUGACGAAGAUGAGUCGAGUGAGCAGACCUUUAUGUAUUAUGUGAAUGAUGGCGUCUAUGGAUCAUUUAAUUGCAUACUCUAUGACCACGCACAUGUAAAGCCCCUUCUGCAAAAGAGACCUAAACCAGAUGAGAAGUAUUAUUCAUCCAGCAUAUGGGGACCAACAUGUGAUGGCCUCGAUCGGAUUGUUGAGCGCUGUGACCUGCCCGAAAUGCAUGUGGGUGAUUGGAUGCUCUUUGAAAACAUGGGCGCUUACACUGUUGCUGCUGCCUCUACGUUCAAUGGCUUCCAGAGGCCGACGAUCUACUAUGUGAUGUCAGGGCCUGCGUGGCAACUCAUGCAGCAAUUCCAGAACCCCGACUUCCCACCCGAAGUAGAGGAACAGGAUGCCAGCACCCUGCCUGUGUCUUGUGCCUGGGAGAGUGGGAUGAAACGCCACAGAGCAGCCUGUGCUUCGGCUAGUAUUAAUGUGUAGAUAGCACUCUGGUAGCUGUUAACUGCAAGUUUAGCUUGAAUUAAGGGAUUUGGGGGGACCAUGUAACUUAAUUACUGCUAGUUUUGAAAUGUCUUUGUAAGAGUAGGGUCGCCAUAAUGCAGCCAUAUGGAAGACUAGGAUAUGGGUCACACUUAUCUGUGUUCCUAUGGAAACUAUUUGAAUAUUUGUUUUAUAUGGAUUUUUAUUCACUCUUCAGACACGCUACUCAAGAGUGCCCCUCAGCUGCUGAACAAGCAUUUGUAGCUUGUACAAUGGCAGAAUGGGCCAAAAGCUUAGUGUUGUGACCUGUUUUUAAAAUAAAGUAUCUUGAAAUAA